UUUGAAUCUUCUCUUUUUGACAGUAGCAGGCCGUAUUAUUUGUACUUUUAUAUCACAUCAUAUAUACAUAAUUGGUGAUUUUUAACAUAUUGGGGAUUGGAGACCGAUAGCUCUAUGUAAUGUUGCUUACAAGAUAUUUGCUAAGCUGAUGGCUAACCGUAUGAAGAGACUGCUUGACCCAAUUAUAGCAGAAGCGCAAAGUGCGUUUAUACUGGGUAGAUCUAUUGUUGAUAACAUUGUCAUUGCUUUUGAGGUUCAACACUUUUUAAAGAGGAAAACUCAAGGCAAAGAAGGGUACAUGGCGUUGAAACUUAAUAUGAGCAAGGCUUAUGAUAGAGUAGAAUGGAGGUUUCUGGAGGCUGUCAUGCAGCGGUUGGGUUUUCAUAGCGGGUGGAUUAAUUUGGUGUUGCAGUGUGUGGCCACGGUUCUGUUUAAUGUUCAGGUUAAUAAUGAGAUUGUAGGCCCUAUUAUCCCUACUCGGGGAAUCAGACAGGGGGAUCCAUUAUCGCCAUAUUUGUUUAUUUUAAUUGCGGAGGGAUUGAGUGCCCGUAUUCGGGAGGGCGGAGCAGAUAGACACUUACAGGGUAUACGAUUAGCUCGAAGUGUGCCGACAUUAACCCAUCUUUUAUUUGCAGAUGACAGAUUUCUUUUCUUCAGGGCUAAUGAAGUGGAUUGUACUUUCAUAAAGAUGUUGGAUACAUAUUCUGGAGGUUCCGGUCAGCUGGUAAAUUAUGAUAAGUCGAGUGUCAGAUUUAAUGCAAAUGUAGCGUGGGAUGAUAGAGACUAUUUGUGUAGCCUUCUUGGAGUUAAUGAGGAUAGAGGUGGAGGUAAAUAUCUUGGUUUGCCAUCACUGGUGGGGCGAAAUAAGAAAGAAAUUUUCGGCUAUAUUAAGGAGAAAGUUGUUCAAAGAAUUCAAAGGUGGAAUAGUCGUUUCUUAUCUAGAGCGAGGAGGGAGAUAUUGUUGAAGACAGUACUCCAAGCAAUGCCACAAUAUGCUAUGAAUGUGUUCCUUCUACCGGCUGAUUUAUGCGAGGAGAUUGAACGUGUUAUGAAUGCUUUUUGGUGGCGGGGCCAUACUUUUAAAGGAAAAGGCAUAAGGUGGCGAAAUUGGUCUGACUUAUGUGUGCCGAAAAGCUCAGGCGGGAUGGGAUUUCGGAAGCUCAGGCGGGGCCAUACAAGUUUGGAGGCUUAUUAAGUAACCGGAAACACUUGUUAGUAAGAUUUUGAAGGCUCGGUAUUUCCCCAAGGGAGGCGUGCUGGAGGCAGGUCGGGAAGUAAUCCCUCCCUUAUAUGGAGGAGCAUAGUGGCAGCUAUCCCUGCAGUUCGGGAAGGAGUUUUAUGCCGAGUGGGGGAUGGCUCUUCUAUUCGAGUGUGGAAGGACAAGUGGAUACCUAAGACAACGGGGGACACCGGCUGGGGAGAUUGUUAGCGGUUUAGAAGAUAUCACAGUAAACUCCUUAAUGACGAUGGAUGGCAGCAGCUGGGAGUGGGAUAUAUUGAAGGAUUUGCUUAAUGUUGAGGAUCGCGAAGAUAUAUCUACCAUUCUGUUAAAAGGUUUCAGAGGGGUGGACAAAAUGAUAUGGGUCGAUGACAAGAAAGGAAGAUAUUCGGUUUGAAGCUGCUAUAAAAUGCUAUCAAAAGGAGACUUGGAUACUCGGACUUGGACUCGUGUUUGGAAGCUGGAAAUACCACAAAAAAUGAAGGCUUUCUUUUGGUAAGUGUGUACGGACGGCCUUCUAUCUAAGGAGAGAUUGUUGCAGUGUCGGGUACCGGUUUGGCCAAUGUGCAGUACGUGUGGCGUGGAAAGAGAGAGUAUCUUGCAUGCUUUGUGCGACUGCCCUUUAGUAAAAGAAGUAUGGCGUAGUCAAAGCAAUGUGUUUGUCCACGCGGGGGCUUCAACAUUCAAGGAAUGGGCUGAUGCAUUUAGCAGUAGAUGCUCCUGCUCGGAGUUUACCCAAUUUGUGGCAAUAUGCUGGAGCUUAUGGAAGGCAAGAAAUGAUAGGGUUUGGAGGAAUGGUAAGUCCACCUGGAGGGGAGUCGUGGCUUGUGGCGAAACCAUGCUCCCUGGAUGGCAGGAGGCUCGCCUUAACUGUCAGGCGAGGAGGGUGGAAGCCGUUGUUGACCGGUGGAAACCGCCGAGUGCGGGUGUAAUAAAAAUAAAUGUAGACGCGGCGGGUCAAGUGAAUGGGGAGUGGCGGGGGCUUGGGAUGGUUGCACGGGACGAAGAGGGUCGGUUUGUUGCUGCCAGGAGAAUUAGGGAGCAGGGGAGAUAUGCAGUGAGUAUAACGGAAGCUCUUGUUGUUUGUGAAGCUUUGUAUUGGGCGGCCCGGGCAGGAUGGUGACAAUUUAUUGUGGAAUCAGAUGCUCUUUCGGUUGUCAAUAGGAUCAUAUCUUGUGAUGGUAUUUCGUAUGAGGAUGGUAUAUACGCAGAAAUGAGACAUUAUGGCAAGAUUUGUUAAUGUAAAUGCCCACUUUGUGAAGUGACCAACGAAUAGGGUUGCCCAUGCAUCGGCUAGGCAAGCUAUUUCAGAGUCUGAGGUUGUUUUUACUUGGACUGUAAUUCGUCCCAGACCAGAACAUAUUUAUUAUUAUUAUUAUUAUUAUCAUCAUCAUCAUCAUCAUCAUCAUCAUCAUCAUCAUCAUCAUCAGCAGCAUCAGCAUCAGCAUCAUCA